AUAAUUAAUUCAUGAAGUCAAUUUUUCUAUUUAGAAUAGGACGCCAACUGUUUUUUCAUGCUUACACGAUUUUUGGCUUUCGCAUCAUACUUUCCUCCUACUUCCUAGAAAAUAAUGAUAGGUUAUUCUUCUUCUCCUUGAUUUAAGAAAUAAUAUGUUGUACUCAUAUCAUAUUGAUCAAUAAAACAAUAUCUUUCAUUUAUACUUUUUGCUUUAUUGUUUUACUUUAUGUUUCCAUAAUAUCACAAAUAAUCCUACAUUAUCUUACCCCAACAAGUAGCAUGAACUAUAAAAGCUUAUAAAAUCACAGUUAAGUUUUAUUAAUCAUUUGUGAAAGUAUGCAAAUAUUUAUAAAGCUCUAUAAACCAGUUAUAAGACUGAUAAAGCAAUGUAUAAAAUUUUAUAAAUUAGUUUUAUAUGCUUAUAAAUCGAUUAUAAGAGUUUUAAGCAAUGCAUAUGUGAUGAUGAAUGUUUUAAAAUAUUUGAUCAUUUUUAGUGAUAAACCCCAUCAACUAUUUUUCAAUCGGAAGAAAACUUCUCAAAUAAGUUUUUAACAUUAUAAAUAAUCAGAAAGUAGCAAUGAAAAUACCAUAAACCUCAAAAGAUAAUAGAAUAGAAAUCUAAAAAUAUCGCAAGAAGAUUAAUGAAAAAAUAGUAGUCAACGGAAAGUGACCCAAUUGAUUCGGUGUUCAAAAAUAACAAAACUAAAACAAAAAAAUUAAUAAACAAAAAGGAAAAAAAGUCUUUUUUUGCUUAUCAUUAUUUUUGGGUGCCUUUGUCAAAUAUUUGCUUUUCCAUUUUCACCUUAUGCAUUGCUUUCCUUCGUCGUCCCCUCCAAGGACGACGACGGAUCUGUCUUUGCAUCCACCGAAAUAAUAAAUUUCAUCUUUUCCAUUUCCUUUGGUUUUACAGAUAUAGUUUUACCAAGGAAAAAAUGUCUUUUCUUGCGCCUUGUCAAAUUUUGGAGAUGAAUAUUAUAUCGGCCCAAGAAUUGGCGCCGGUGGCACGGUGUAUGAAAACAUAUGCGGUAGCUUGGAUUGACCCCGAGCGUAAACUAACGACUCGGGUAGACAAUACGGGUGGAACAAGCCCCACAUGGAAUGACAAGUUUGUGUUUCGCCUAGAUGAGGAAGCACUCUACGAUGGGACAUCAAUAGUUGUUAUAGAAAUCUAUGCAUUGCAUUGGUUCAAAGAUAUUCAUGUUGGAACGGUACAAACGUUGAUCAGCGAUCUCGUGAACCCUUCUUCCGGUAUGAGAUUCGUUACCCUUGAGGUUCUUCGUGCGUCAGGCCGCCCUCACGGCCUCCUAAACAUUGCCGUUGGGCUCAUCGAUAACUCGGGCCAAAGCAUGCCUCUUUUGUUCGAAGAAGAUUUGAUGUUCCACAAGACAAACAUAACUUCAAAACCUGUAGGGCUUCGACGGUCCAAAAGUGAUACAAGCUCAAUGGUGGAAUCACCAAGGAAGAAGGUGACACAACAACAAACCACCCGUGUGAGUUCUACUACGAACUCAGGUUUUGAGAAAGAUGAGUUUUCAUCUGACUCUCAGAUGGUUGUGUAUGAGCCACAAAGAAAAACGCCAAAUACAAUGUCGAGGCAAACAAAACAUAUCGUGCAUGGGACACCGAUGAGGCCAAGGAACACGAAUGCAUUUACUCCCAAAAGGAACAGUAUUGAAUAUGGGACACCAAUGAGGUCGAGGUCGAGGCCGGUUGUAAUUACAGAGUCUGAUUUGGGACCUUCAGCCUCAGUGGUUGCCGCUCAAAUAGCAAAAGAGAAGGCUUUGACAGGGAGAGAUGCAGAGAGUACUGUGAUAAGCGUUGGCGAACGAAGCGUUGAGGGUCUCCGUUCUAAGCUAGAGAGGUGGCAAGCGAAUUUACCGGUCGUUUUAGACGUUGGUUCAAGUUAUCAACCAAGUUCUGACUACAAAACAAGCUCCAACUUCAAACCUAAAUCAAGUUACAAGCCCAAUGAAACUGUCCCACGAAAUCAACAGAUGAUUGUAGCUCCUCUUCCAAAGCAGGGUGGGAGGAAGAAGAAAGGAGGUGAUAAUGGAUUGUUUUCAUGUUUUGGUAACAUUUGUGGCAUCGAGUGUUCUAUUGUUUGUGGUGGGUCUAGUGGACAAAAAGCAUCCAAGAAGAAGAAGAAAAAGAAGUGAAAAUUUUCAAAACCUUAUUUCUUUCUGUUAUCGAUGACUAUAUAUUCCCAUUAUGUUUCUAUAUCUGAUCAAGCUUGUCGGUUUUGCUACUCAAUAAUCUAAAUCAUAAUAGUAAGACAGGGACAACGGUAUAUUAUCUCAUUAUUAUUUUUAUAGUAAAGAAGAAACUUUGUUUAAGCCAUUCUCAUUU